UUUACGGAAUCGCAAACGAGAUCACCUCGUAAACAUCCUUCAUAAACUUCAUCUAAUUGCAAUUAAGAUUCAUUAAAUAAUUUCUACAUCAAAAAAAAAAAAAAAUUAUGAGAAGAUCAGUGAAAAUAUGUUGUAUAGUGACACUAAUUGUGGUAGUGACUGUAUUUGCAGUAAUACUAACCCUAGCACUCACAAUACUCAAACCCAAACAACCCAAAAUCACUACUGAACAAGUCAAUUUAGAAAAUUUCAACAUCAUAUUCAAUCCAUUCAGCCUCAAUUUCACCCUAGGGCUUGUGGUGAAUGUCAACAACCCUAACUACGGCAGCUUUCAGUACGACAAUACGACGGCGUAUGUGACUUACCGUGAUACUCCGGCGGCUGAAGCCCCAAUUGAGGAGGACACAAUACCGGCUCGAGGGGAGCUUGACGUCAGCACCACGGUGCUGGUGGUUGUGAACAAUUUGAUCUCCAAUCCUGGUUUUCCGGCGGAUAUCCUCGCCGGAUGCCUGAAUUUCACGUCGUUGACCACAUUCCACGGCGAGGCGAAGGUGCUGAGACUUUUGAAGAUAAAGGCGACCGUGCACAGCACGUGCUACAUCUCUGUUUAUCUUCAAUCCCAGACGUCGUCUUUUGUUUGCGCGUCGGAACUCAAAUAUUAAUUAAUUUUAAUUUAUUUUAUUUUCGAUUGUGGGUAGUUUCAUUUUGGAUACUCUAUUUAUAUGGGCCUGAUUUUUGGGCUGUA